AUGAUGAAGUCCCCAGCUACCCGGUUUAGGACUGUUUCAUUGCUCAUAUCUUUGAACGAAGCUAUCAAGAACCCAAUCCAGUCCACAUUCACUCCUCAAACAACUUAUUCCAAAAUGUCCGCUCCUCGCGAAGGCCGCCAAUCUCCCGAGCCAGAGACCCAAACUGGCGCUCAACUGCGUGAUCCCCCUUCCCACGGUAAAUUGGACGACAACUCGACUCGCCCAGCACCGGAGUUUUCGCACGAGAGGGCCGCCGAUCAGAAGGGACCUUCAUUGCCGGGGAGUAACCCUACGCAUCGUCUUGAAGAGAUUGAGGCAGAGAAGUUUAAGAGAUGA